CCUAUCCUGCCUCAAUAGUAUUUGAGAAAGUUUCGACACGGUGCAAGAGUCCAAAGUCUAAAAUAAACGAGUUGAAUAGAAACAGUCAGGCUCACGAUACGGAAUUUACCUCGGGGAGGGAUACAUUACACAUUUGUCCAGCUACAAUGGUCCGACUUUCAAAAUCCAGCGUUAUUUUAUGGUUACCGUUCAUGCUAACUUUUUUAAAGGUGGUGGCAGAUGGUGACGGUCAGAAACUGAGAAGACAGAAGAGAGAGUGGAUUAUUGCUCCUCGUAAACUAUAUGAGAAUGAGGAUUACCGAGGCCUGCAGUACAUUGCUAAGAUUCAAUCAGAUAAGCAGUAUGAUUCACCGGUCUCCUACUCCCUGGCGGGUCCUGGGGCAAAUCAGGAUCCGGUGGGCUUGUUCUCCAUCGAGCCAACCAAUGGCACGGUCCGAAUCCAUGACAUACUGGACAGAGAGAAGACGGACUCGUACACUUUAAUCGGAAUAGCUAUGUACAGCAAUGGAAAACGCGCUGAGAGGGACAUUGAACUGCGUAUUGUUGUCCUGGACAAGAACGACUGCCCACCUGUGUUUUCAAUGCAGCAGAUCGGAGAAGUGUACGAACACAGCGCAGCAGGCACAGUUGUCAUGAAAGUGAACGUGACGGAUGACGAUGAACCCGGCACUGAGCACACUCAGAUUAGCUUCAGCCUCGUGGAGCAGUCCUCCUCAGGCAUGAUGUUCUCCAUGAACCACAAGACCGGAGAGAUCGUGGUCCGCCAGACUAGUCUGGACAGAGAGACACAAGACACAUUUACCUUGACGGUGAAAGGUACUGACAUGAACGGAGCUUCAGGAGGGCUAUCUGGAACAGGACAAGUGGUGAUUAAGUUGCUGGACAUCAACGAUAACAUACCCAAGCUGGAGAAAGAUACAUACGAGGGGAGCGUGAUGGAAAACACCAUCAGCAUGGAGGUGCUGAGGAUGAAAGCUGUGGAUCUGGACCUGAUGUACUCCGACAACUGGCUGGCUGUAUUCACCAUCGUGUCUGGCAAUGAAGCAGGCUACUUCCACAUCACCACUGAUUCCAAGACGAAUGAGGGUAUUAUCACUAUCGUUAAGGCUUUGGACUAUGAGGAGCUGAAGGUGGUGAACCUGCGGGUGAGUGUCUCCAACAAGGCAGAGUACAACUUUGGCUCUGUCAUCGGUGGAGGCCCCUCCCUCGACCGACCUAAGAUCUACUCCGUCAAGAUCAACGUGGUCAACCAGCUGGAGGGACCGCGCUUCCAGCCUGCCAUCAAGGUGGUAACCAUCUCCGAGGACAAGACCACGAUCUCCCUCAACAAGAUCUUCACCACCUACGCUGCCAUUGACAGUGACACCCUGCUCACUGCCACCAACGUGAGAUAUGCCAAAUUAUAUGACGUAGACAACUGGCUGAUCAUCGAUGAGAAGACGGCAGAUAUCAGAUUAAACAAAUGGCCCGACCGAGAGUCCAAGUUUGUGGUUAACGGAACCUACACAGCCAAGAUAGUCUGCAUCACUAACCGCAAGUGUGACAGGCCCACGGACGCCCUCAUCUUCAUCAUGCAUCUGCUUUGUCGUUCACAUCUAAACCAAAGGAAUUCUUGUCUGUUUACAGAAGUACACGCCAAAACGGCCACAGGGACAAUUGCCAUCCAGGUGCAGGACUCCAACGACGACUGUCCUAAGCUGACCAGCACAUCUCAGACCAUGUGCCAUGAGACCAACAGGGUUUACGUCACAGCCGUGGAUCAGGAUGCCUAUCCCAACGGAGCACCCUUUAACUUCCGGGUGAUUCAGGCAGGCAACAAGGAGAAGUGGACCAUAGAGCGUUUUAAUGACACCACUGCGAUCCUGCGACACCACGCCUCUCUGUGGCCUGGGUACUACCAGGUUGCCCUGGAGAUCACGGACCAACAGGGCAAGGUCUGUGGGGACGUCCAGUUGCUCGACGUGGUGGUGUGCACUUGCGAUGCCGCCAACACGGCCUGUUUGGGGACGUCCACGGACACAAGAAGCACGUUUGGCCCUCUGGGUGUCCUCAUGCUACUGCUGGGACUGCUGCUCCUCCUGUUGCUGCCCCUCUUCCUGUUGUUUUGCCUGUGCGGAGGGAUGGCGGCCGUGGGAGACUUCAAGCCCAUGCCGGUCGACACCAAAGUGGUGACGAGCCUGAUCUCAUACCACACGGAAGGACAAGGAGAGGACAAGGAAGUCCCCUUGCUCCGGGUUCCUCUCGAGAUGGACCAUGGCUCCAUCCAUGCCGGGGACGCAACGAAGUACGGAGAUAAUCAUCGGCUUGAGUUCGGGGUGGCCGUGGGGAACGGAGGAGCUGGAGGCGGCUUCACCUCCAUGUCCACGACAGACAUGUACCGUGACAGUGAUUUCCACCAGCACAUGGUCAGCAGGCACGACCAUGUGGACGGCCAGGGCAUGUUUAUGGGUGUGGACGGCCAGGGCAUGGGCAUGGGUGUGGGCGGAGCCACCGUAGCAGAAGGGCAGCAGUUCUCCUCGUGGCACGAUGCAGGGUUAUAUGGCGGGAUCGCCCUGUCUGACAGCUUCCUGGAGGAGUACUACUCAAGUAAAGCCAACCACGCAGCACAACAUUUACAACAGGAAGACGCCCCAAUGACCUACGACUACGAAGGUGAGGGGUCACUGGCGGGCUCAGUGGGCUGCUGCAGCCUCUUGGAGCACGACAACGACCUCGACUUCCUCAACGACCUGGGCUACAAGUUCAGGUCCCUGGCCGAGAUCUGCCGAGGGUCCAGCCUGGAGGCGGAACAAUCUGCGGGGGUGUCCGUGUGCCCCCCCAGACCCACCCCUUCCUCGGGCACCCACAUUGAGACCUCCCUGAACACGUCUGCCAACAUCCACACCCUCACCAGCUCCGGACUGGCCUCCUCCUCCUCCUCCGCCCUCAUCAAGGAGACGGUGCUCAGAGAGCAGGGGUCCGCCAGCCUCCCCAGGGUCCACGUCCAGGAGAGCAUGCUGGUCCCCAGCCAGACCCUCCUCAUCCAACAGCCCGCCAUGUACUACACCUCCACCCCGGCCCUGUACGUGGUCGAGCCCCAGCCUCAGGUGCUUCUGGUGGAUGCGAGGGGAGCAGGGGUCGGGGGCCAGGUGGGGGUGGGGGUGGGACAGGGACUGGUCCAGGUAGCCGGGUCGUACGGCUCCCAGCAGGGCAUGGUGCUGGUGGAGAGGCAGGUGGGGGGGGGUGGAGGGGCUCAAGUGCUCACCGGCACAGGCCAGGCUGUGAUAGGAGGAGGCGGCGGUGUAGUGGCCGGGGGAAGCCACACCCUGUCAGGGGGGAGUCAAGUCUCACACAGGGUGGGGCAGACCAUGGUAAGGCCAGGGCAUUUUGCCAUGGGUUCAGGCAUGUCACAGGGCAGCGUGACUCGAUCCAAACAUGUCCGUGUGGUUGAGAGCAGCUCAGCCGUGUCCGAGGGCGCGGCCGGUUCUGCCGGCCUCACCUCGGGCAUGGCCCUGGGGCGUUCCGCUGGGGAGCACAGCCUGGAGGUCAGAGUUCCCCAUGUGGAGAUGAGGGCUCAGACUGGCUUCUCGCUGGGCUCCGGCUCCCAGGCUGGAUCUGUGGGGUCAGACGAGGACUCUGCUCUCAUGGCUGCUGCAGGCUCCCACGGCAGCCACACAGUGCUGGUUCAACACGAGGAAGUGUGUGUCACAGAGCGGAACGUGGAAACCACCUCCAUUGCCUGAACCCUGGUUAUUGCUUUUUUUGUCGUCUGUUUUGGCUGUAUUGUCAAUGAUGGGGAAGAUAAAGGAAAAGAGGAGCAAAGAUAGUUACAGAGAGCGAGAGAGAGAGAGAGAGAGAGAGGGAGAGAGAGAAAGAGAGAGAAAGAGAGAGAGAGAGAGAGAGAAAGAGAGAGAGAGAGAGGGAGGUAGAGAGAAAGAGGGAGAGAGAGAGAAAAUGUUGUGCUUUCUUAGUCUUCUGGCAAUGCAGACACUAAAGCAGGGGUUUUCAACUGGGGGUCCACGGCCCCCUGGUGGUCCACGGUGGCAUUGCAGGGGGUCUGCGUCACGAGCCUAUGUUGAUCAGUCCACCAUUGUUUUUUUUAUUUUUAUAAAUAUGAUAUUUCAACACAUUUUCAGAUUACUCUCAGAUUAAAUGUCUAUCCACAUGCACGCACACACACAUACACACACACACACGCGUAAGCACGCUCCCGCGCGCAGGCACAUCAGUGGGCUGCGGAUUACUUUCUACAAAGAAUGGUGGUCCCUGGGACAAAACCAGUUGAAAACCCCUGCACUAAAGCAUAAAUGCGUAAUAUGUAAAACACUUGUUAAACACAACUGUUGAAGUGAUGUUAUUGUACUGCACAAAAAUGGCAUGGUUAGUAUAUUCAGUGUGUGGUACAUUUAGUGCAGAUGAAACUCCUGUCCUGAAUGUAUUUUGAAAACUAAAGUUGAAAGGAAUUAUUUACCCGAGCUCUCUUGCUUUACCCAGCUUGUGUUUACCCUUUUCAUAUUUAUAUAUAUAUAUAUAUAUAUAUAUAUAUAUAUAUUUGAAUUAGAAACAUAUCCAUGGAAAAGCAACAGUAUUUCAGUUUGCACUUUAUAAUCACCAAGCAUGAAAAAUAAAUAAUCAUGUGUUAAGGUUUAUGAACUAAUAAAACUAAGUCAUAAGAUUAAUGUUCAACUGUGACACAUUUCCAUGUAACUGAUGUCAUUAAUGCCAACUUAACAUGAUUUAAAUGGUAGCCCAUUUUGUACAUGGAAUGGGAUUUAACUGGAGCUAAACUGUCAAAAAACAAGCAAUAGUUUUUGUACAUAUAUGUCUAUGAUCUAUUUUGUGACGUCAAUGAUUUAUGCUUUUUUAACAAUGGAUAAUAUAAUUGGGGAAUACAUUUGUAUACAUAUUUACUUUGGAUGAGUAAAGGCAAGAUUGUGUGGGGAAUCUAUUUAGGAUGAGCUACUGCUAUGCACUGAUAUACAUGAAUAUUGUUAACAUUGCUACAAAUGUUUAGCAAACGCUCACUUUCAAGAUUUUAUGUCUAAUGUAUUUUUGAUGUAUGUACUUUUUUUAAUCCAAAAGCAAGGCGUGUGCUCACUUUGUGUGUUCUGAUAGGCGUGGCCUCAAAUUGAUCACAUUAGAAAGCCUAUGAUAGGUCCAAAUAAAUUUGCCAUGUUUCAUCUUUGCGAAAAUGUCUCCUUGUGUCCUUUAUUGAGAUUAAUGGUGGAAGACAAGAGAGGCAUAGACCCUAAACAGAGACAAAAGCACAAGCUGAGAACGUUUUAGGAGUCAAGAGUAGAUCAUUAGGAUGAAUUUUGUUGUCAAAGUUUUCAACCGCAACAUCCCCGCUAGAUGUCACUCAAUGUUGUCACUUCAAGUCUACUGUAGACACAGACCGUACAGUUAUGUCGACUUUUAAGAUCAAGAGGAGCCAAUCCACUGGACGU